GGGGCUACACCAAAACGAAAGCCGGCAGGGGAGCGUACGGAGACGAAACCAUUGGCGUUCCGAAAUGUCCCUCUUCCCCGGGGAAGGGGCGGGAGCGCAGUUUUUAAAGAGACAGGCAGACAUUUUCCUUUCCGAACCUGAACAGAGUAGCUGAAGGUUGCGGAAACCGGGGGAAGCUGCGUGCAUUGGGCCAAAGCAGGAAGGCAGAAAGCGGGGAGCGGGAGUCUCCGAGUCCAUCGUGAGGAAGAGAAAGAGCGGGUGGGCGCUGCGUGGUCCGAGCGUUGCAUCGGGGCUGGAGCGGGGUUUGCAAGGAGGUUCCGCCGCCGGAGCAACAGCUGGCCGCGAGAUGAAGCAAGAAAACAUCUUCCUCUUCGUCCCCAACCUCAUCGGUACGUUCCCCGGGGUCCCGGGCGGGGGAGAGGAGGAGGCUGCGAUCCUGAAACACGUCGGGCUGCGCGCGCCCCAUCCACUUAAAAGCGCUAUGCUUCUCCUCCCCGAAAUGCUGGGAAGUGUAGUUUACCCGGCACGGACUUUUUAGCCCUUGCAAACCACCGUUCCCAGGAUUCAUAUGUGCUUUAAGGAUGCUUUAAAUGGAUGGUGUGUGUGUGUUCGCAUCCUGAAUGAGUAGACCGGCUGGAAUGAAUGGGGGCCUCGUUAGUCACGCCCAUUAAUCUCGAUGAGGCAGCCCUGCUGUGGCUAAUGGUGUAAUCCAUGAGCCCCGGGAAGAGCCUCAUCAACCCAGCUGAACUGCACAGGGGGAGUCGCUUCUGUGUAAACGUGCUUAGGGUGGGGUGCUGCGAUGCUCUUCCAGGGAGGACAGGCCUGGCCCAGGAGACCUGACCUAGUUCUGGGCCUCUCGAGAUGUUCAGAAGCAGUAAGAGCUCCAAAUCCCGGUGCUGGGAGACAGACACAGGUGGGUGAAGGCUCCUUGCCUUCAUGCUUCGUUUACAGACUUCCCGAAUGCAGCCUGGAAAACCGGGUGCCGAUGCCGGACUAGAUCGACCUUUGGUCUGAUCUCGCUUGGUAAAAGCUGAGAAGUGCCUCGUGCUCCGGCCCCUUCCCCGCCUCCUUUGCCUUGCCUCCGGGCCUUCUGCUUCAACACUCCCCUCUAUUUCCUGCCCUGUUAUUUUCACAAGUGUUAAUCUGCAGCUGAAGGCAGCAGCAGCAGCAUCUAGACUGUCUCCUCCAGAUCAGAUGUGACAGGCAGGCAGUGACUCACCUGACUCUUGUAGGCUCAGUCUGGACCCUUUCAUUUCUUACAGUUGAUUGUAGCUUUCAUUGCCAAAAACAAAAGAGGAGAAGGGUGUUUCUAAAAUAGGGAGUCUGUUUCUCCUUCUCUUCAACACUCCGGAAGCAAACAUUACUGAUCUUUGAGUGACUCUUGCCUAGAUAUCUGGGGAUGUGGGGUUGUGGGUAGCAAAGGAGGGGAACCAACUAGAAUUUGCAUGACCCAUUUCCCCAGUUUUCUGAGGGCUGCAGGGCUUGGGGGUUAAAAGAUUCCAGGACAAAGUCUCAUUUUGCUUCCUUGUCCUUUGCAGGUUACGCCCGCAUAAUCUUCGCUUUUAUCGCGUUCUAUUUUAUGCCAACCUCCCACAUAAUAGCAUCCUUCUUUUACCUCCUAAGUGGUUUCCUUGAUGCCUUUGAUGGCUAUGCGGCUCGGGCCCUGGACCAAGGUAAGGCUUGUUUGCCUCAAGGCAGAGAGGGCUACAGGGUGGCUCAUACAAGCCAUACACUGAAAGCACAUGGCUUCGUGAGCAGCAAACUAUAGUUCCCAGGAUUCUUUUGGGGUGCUUUUAAAUGCAUGGCAUGUAUGCAUUCUGUGCGGUAUGGAAUAAUUUGUUGUGGUGUAAUGCAGUCAGUUUGAAUAUAUAUAUACAGAGAGAGAGAUAGAGAGAGAGUGGCUAACUGACCCUUUAUUAGUUGAAGAUGCUAGAGGAUGCACCUGAGACCUCCUGUGUGGGCAGCAUGUCUCCCACUGCUGAGCUGCAUUCCGUCCUCAGAAGACGACUGAGGUUGCCGUGUUGCUUAAGAGUAUGAGCUACAAGGUCCCUGGCUCAAAGCUUGGUUCAGGUUUGAGCUCACUGGGUGGCAGCCGGCAAGGAGCUAUCCCUCAGUCUUGCCCAUCCUCAGAACUGUACUUUGCUGCUGCUGCAACAAGGCGCUGCCUGCCUGAACCUCCCCUGCCAGCAGCAGCCACAAAGAAGGAGGGUCUGUGCCCCCCCCCACUUCCUCUUGCAACGCAGUGCUACUCUUUGCCUCACCCUCCCUCCCAGAAAUCUACAGGAAUAGUGCCUGGCUGUGGGGAAAACCCUCCAGAUCCGCAGCUGUAGCCAAAAGGAAGCUUGAGCUUUUCUUGCUGAGAUGGGAAGGUUUCACAAGGCUCUCGGUACUUUCCGUCUGUGUAAGCUGCACACCGAAACCUGUUGUUUUCAAGUGUGCCUGCCUGGACCACACAACUCAUGGCCACACAGCAGAAGCACAGCCGCCUGUGCCUGUCACCUGCCUGGGGCAGCAGAAACUUGUCAAGCACAUAGCAAGCCACAAAAUAGUAAUAAUAAUAAUAAUAAUAAUAAUAAUAAUAAUUUAUUAUUUAUACCCCGCCCAUCUGGCUGAGUUUCCCCAGCCACACUGGGCAGCUUCCAAUCAAGUGUUAAAAACAAUACAGCAUUUAAUAUUAAAAACUUCCCUAAACAGGGAAUAUAUGCAUUAAAACUUUGAUGGGUUGCGGGUGACGUGUGGCUGCAGUCUCUACUGUAUGCAUAGCUUCCUCCCCAUUGGUUUACAGCACCCUUGCCUUUCUAAUGUGCGCUGUUCUUCCCAGGCACCCGCUUUGGCGCCAUGCUGGACAUGCUGACGGACCGCUGCGCCACCAUGUGCCUGCUGGUGAACCUCGCUAUGCUCUACCCUGAAUCUGCCCUUUGGUUCCAACUCAGCAUGAGCCUUGACGUCGCCUCCCAUUGGCUCCAUCUCCACAGGUACCAGACUCUGCCCUCGAUGGCGGCACCAGAAGUUGCCUUGUACAAUAUUGGACGAUGAUGUCCAGGUCUGGCUCAGCCUCACCUGCUCUGACUUGCGGCAGGGUCUCGGGCUGAUAGGGAGCCUUUCGUAUUGCCCGUCUGCCUAUUCCUUUUAACUGGAGGUGCCGGAAACCAAACCUGGGGUCUUCUGCAAACAACCCAGAUGCUCUGCCGCUCAGCUAUGGUGCCUCCCCUGCUGGGAUAGAGAGGCGUGGAAGGGAAGAGAGGCUGAGCACUCCUGGCUCCCAUUUUAACUACCUUCUCUGCUCCCACCAGCACCGUGGUAAAAGGUGGGGAGAGCCACAAGACCAUCGACUUGUCAGGGAAUCCAAUCCUGCGGGUGUAUUACAGCUCCCGGGUGAGUGAUAAUUUCUUUAGAAAACUCUCUCUCUCUCUCUCUCUCUCUCUCUCUCUCUCUCCCUCUCUGAACUUUCUCUCCUUCUCUCUGAACUGUCUCUCUCUCUCCUUCUCUCUGAACUGUCUCUCUCUCCCCACCCCCCCGCUCCUGCUCCCUCUCUCUGAACUCUCUCUCUCUCUCCCUCUCUCUGAACUGUUCCUACUACAUUUCUCCAGGCUCCCAUCCCUUUUAAAAAAAAAGUAUGUUCAAAAGCUUUAUUGAACAAAUGACAAAACAAAUAAAGCAAGAAGAUUGGGGGGACGGGGACGUAGUAUGAUAAGCUACAAAAAAAAGCCAGAUCUUUCAGUAAAGGCAAAAGAAAUCAGAAUUGUUGGUGUAAGGCCGGUGUAAUUGAGUAAUUUUCUACUUCCGCUACGGGUUCUUUCCCCUUGGAAUCAAAAUAGAAAUAUCACUUGCUAUCACAUUUCCUCAAAGGCAUAAUACUGCCCCAUUCAUUCCCCUCCACCAUCAGAGUGUCUCGCAAUCUAUAUUGGGAGAUCCCUCCCUCUCUCCUAGUUCUGCCCCACUCUCCACCCCAAAUCUUGUAUUUGGAAGCCUUCUUGAAAAGUAUGAACAGAAAGGGAGGGUCCAUUCAAUGUCAUUAAAAAAUAUACCGCAGUACACAAUGAACUAUGGGAGAUUUAAUUUCCACUCGGUCCCCUGCAGAUUUAGCUGUCUGCUCAAAGAGGGUUUGUCGCCAUUGUAUCAUAUUUAAAAAGUUUGGAAAGUGUUUGGGAGAGUGUUUCAUAUUUCACUUCUGCAGCAUCUCCAUUGGCUUCCAGUCAGUUUCAAGGCCUGAUUUUUUUAAAGGGCUCUUUUGGAUCUUUUAAAGCCCUAAGUCAUCUGGUUCCAGGAUUGUUUGUAAUGCACUUUAUAUCAAAUGAUCCCAGUUGCAAAUCAAGAGUGGAUAAAGACAGUAAAUAAACUGUAAACACAUAAACACAGGGGUCAGUUGCUACACUAUUAAGUUGAUAAGGGUAACAAUUCCAGUAUGCCUGAGCAAAUUAACCAGGUCUUAAGCUAGUGCCAAAACAAAAUCAAAGUUGUUUCUGAGUUGUCUUCAACAGCAGCCCCACAUAGAGUGCAUUACAGUAAUCCAGUCAGAAGGUUAUUCGUGUUGCUGUAGCCAGGCUAUCUCUACCCAGAAAUGGCUGUAGCUGGAAAAACAACAGAAGUUGACCAAACGCAGCUUCAUUCCCCAAACCAGGCCUGAAACCAAUCUGGAAGGUGUCUAGAUAAUCCAUUUCCUCCUGAAACGUCUGGAGCUGCAUGAUCUCUCUCCUGAGCACCUUGAAAUAUGCCCAGAAAGGGGAUAUUUGCAGCUGGGCAGUAGUUGUCAUGCACCUCCAAGUCCAGCUUCCCAUAUGAGGCUGUCUGUAUCUUAAGAUCCCCCUCGGGGUCCCUGCCCUGGGGGAUCAGGGACUUCUCUAUGACGGCAUCAAAGCAAUAGAGCUCUCUUCCUAGAGAACCCACCUGACUCCUUCAUUGUUGGUCAUCAGACAGCAGGCCAAGGCUGCCCUUUUCUGCAAAGUGUUGGGAGUAUCCGACCACUGCCUGCUACUUAUAUUAAUUUUGUUUCCCUCUUGGAUUGUAGUAUUAGUAGUACCAGUUGUACUUACGUACAUGAUGCUGUACUGCAUGCUCGUAAGCUGAUUUAGCGGCGAUUUAGCACACGUUUUUGAAUAAACUAGCAGCCAAACAGAGCUGACAUUCUUAUGUGUGCAGUGGACAACUCAGGUAGCUUCUCUUUGCUCUCUUUUCUCUGGCCUGGUUUGACAUGCUUUCUCCUCUUCUUCCUCCUUCCAGACUGUCCUCUUCAUCAUGUGCGCUGGGAAUGAACUCUUCUACUGCAUGCUCUAUUUGCUGUGUUUUGGGGAAGGACCAGAAAGUGAGUAUAUCCUAAGCCAGAGGGACGAUGCCUAGGGGUCAAAGGGCAUUUCAAAGGACUCCUUCCUUACCCCCACCCCUUUUUUUAUUUUUCCAGUCCUGCCCGGACAGGCUGGUCUCUACCGCCUAGUCAUGUGGGUUUCUGCCCCCAUCGCCAUCACCAAGAGCCUCAUCAGCCUGGUCCACCUGAUCUGCGCCUCGUGUAAUAUGGCUGCUCUGGACGUCGCGGAACGCGCAAAGAGGAAGUAGCAUCAAACGACCCCAGCGGAGGGGCAGGAGCAUCACUCCCUUUCACGCUUGCAGUGGGACCAGCUUACCAUCCCUCGCCGUGACAGGGUUAGCCACUCCACUUGCACAGCUCUUGCUUGAUGCGAUGACCCCACCUUCCCACGAAUGCAUAGGAUGAUGGGAAUACGUCCUGCUCCUCCCGGCUCCCUCCUGCAUUCCCAUGAUGCUUUGCACUUAGGAGAAGAUUGGCUGGUAGAGAGGAAUAUUGACUUUGCCUGUGGGCUGAAAAGGAGGGAUUGGAUCGACCAUUUUGAGGGCAGCUAAAUAGACCUUCGUUUCCAGCUUUUUGGUUCUGUGCUUCAAAACUUGCUGUAUAUUUGGUUCAAAUUCAGCCACAAAAGAAGUACCUUUUCGUUUCCCAAAAGUGCAGGGGAGUAUUGCUCUUGAGUUAGGAGGCCAUAUCAUUCCCCAAAUUCCCAAGUAUAUCUAGGCCUGGGCAGUGAAUGAAUUGGCCAGUUGGUGGCCAUUUUAUUUGGAUUAUACAUUUGAAAAUGACUAUCCUAGGUUCUUGGGAAAGAAGCCCCAUUGAGGCUUGAGGUCUGUGUGCAGUAUUAUCCAUUUUAAGAUUAUAUCUGGCUGUAAAUUUCUGCAUCUACUUUAGCCGAUGGUCCAUGUUGCUUAGACAUGCUUGGCCGUAAACAGACAUUUGGAUCCUGCUCCCAGAUUCUCUUCUCUUCUCACAAUGCUUUGCUUGUGAGAGCAUCUGCAUUCCUUUUUCUGCUGUUGUUGGCUGUUUUUGCUACAUGGAGCUGUAGGCUUCUAAAUACCCUGGAGGAGCACAGGGCAUAGAGGAGCCAUUUUGUAGCAUUGCUAUUGAACAUUACCUUGGCCCGCUGUUUCUUCACACAACUUUCCCCAUCUUCUUUGCACGCAAUUUCGGACUGACCAUAGUUGAGAUUGGCUGUUCUUUCCCCCUCAAUCAUGCAUGUGCAAUUUUGAAAGAGUGCAGUAGAAUUCAAAUGUGAGGUAAACAUUGGGCAGUUUAGCAGCCAUCUUGCCCAGUCUGGCUUCUCUGUCCUUUCUUCCUCUGAAGGAAGGGCAAUUAUUUGUGGGUUUCUCCCCCUAUUUCUGAGCUCUUGGUAGUUCCCUGAGAUAUUCCUUGCACACCUAUCUUCCUCUUUUCCCUUUCCUCAAUCAUUUGUGCAUGAACAUAAGUUGCCAUAUCACACCACAGUUCUGUUUUCCUCCAUGUGAUUUUUUUGUUAUUAUCAGUGAUGGCUAGGUUUACAGUGACAUGGUAGCCAUCCUAGCCACUCCUCAGACUAAGUAGGGCCUUUGGCCCUCCAGAUGUUGCUGAACUGCAACUCCCAUCAGCCCCAGCAAGCAUGACUUGGGAUUAUGGGAGUUGUAGUUCAGCAUCAUCUGGAGGGCUAAAGGUUCCCGACAUCCACUUUAAAGCUUCCUUCUCUCAGCUCCCCACAAAAGCCAGUUCUUCCUUUUGACAAGAGGAGAGAGAGGUGACUGAUGAAGGGGACUGUGGAGAUGGGAUUUGGCGGCCAUCUUAGAAAAACCACCUUAAGGACCUGAAGUGACACUAAGGACUUGGCAGCUGUAUUGGAGCAAACCAACUUCAGGUAACUUGCCCCAUGUCUUCAUAUAUUGAGCCAAACUAGAUUAUUAUUUGCUAGAAACUUCCCUCAUCCAAAUGGUGCGGUGGGGGCAGAGGGACGCACAGGUGCUGAGGGUAAUUAUUGCUUCUGUGGAUUGUCGCGCGCUGUCUCCUGCCGGAUGGGGAGCAGUUGUUACCUUGCCAUGUCCUCUCCUCUCCUUCACAGCGUCACUGCCACAGCCUCACAACCCCCAGUGGUGUGUAAUUUGUAUGUAGGUUUUUAAAAAUUAAGACUUGGUGCAAUAAGACACCCCCUCUCAACGGAGUGGGAGUUGCUGUAAUAAAGACAACUGUGUAACCAUCUGA